AUGCUGGGUUCUCUUGACGAACCACCAUCUCAUUCUCGAUUCGACAAGAAGCAAGUUCGAAGACUACUCGCCAUUAGUUGGCUCAUGUUCGUCCUCUCGCUUGCUUACUCUGCAAUGGCAGCAGUGCUCCUGUCAUUUCACAGGAACCUGUUCGCUGAUUUAUAUGACUCAAAAUCACGGAAAGAGCAUUUCGGGCUAUGGAUUGUGGUUGCAGGGCAACAACUGCUCAUCUUAGCUGCGUUCGCAGUAAGCGCUCCAGCUGUCAUGGCCUACAUUGAAGACGUUGGGAUAGCUGGAGAGUUGAUCGCCGAUGCGGACACUGGAUUCGGUGGACCUCUCAAUAUCCGACGCACAGUAGAGCUAUAUGAGCACGCAGGCGUUGCUGGUCUGCAUAUCGAAGACCAGGUGUUCCCAAAACGUUGUGGUCAGCUCAAGGGUAAGGACGUUGUCGAUUUGCAGGUGUAUCUCGAACGUGUCAGGAGCGCCGUUGAGGCGAGGACUGAAACAGACUUUUUGAUUAUCGCACGAACCGACGCAAGACAAGCUAAGCACCUCGGUGGGUCGGAAGCGGGCAAGGAGGCUUUCCAUGAGGGUGUCCUGAGACUGAAGGCCGCGCUGGAUGUAGGCGCAGAUAUGGCUUUCAUGGAAAGCCCACGUACAGAAGAGGAGUGCAAGGAAUUGGUAAAGGCAUGCGCGCCAAAGCCAGUGCUUAUCAAUGUCCUGCCACAUGGACUUACGCCGGAUUGUACAACUGCAGAUUGUGAGCGUCUGGGCUUUGCUGCCGCAAUCUACCCUUGUACAGGUUUCAUUCCAGCAAUGCUUGCCAUGCAACGCUCGUAUAAUGGCCUGCGGAAGGAAGGCUCUGAUCUCAAAUAUUGUGGAAACAAUCGAAUCCAGAAUUUCUUCGAGCAAGUGGGGCUCCGGGAGGCUUUCGACUUCGACGCUAGAAUCGAGAAGUUCUCAAAGAAGGAAGUCGAGCAGGCAUGCUCCCAUGAUGAGAGUUGA